AAUCAAGACAAACACAUUCAGAUUACAUACAGAUCUGAUGAGCGCGUCACUCAUGCUCGUGAGUGUUGCUGGUGUCACGCGGUAGUAUCGUGACAGGCUUUACCUCAGUUUGACUCGAUAGCUAAACUUAUAGACUUUAAGGAGUUUUGAAGCAGUAUUUUAAACAAAAUGAAAACUGACGACGUUAGUAGACACGUCGCGGGGUAAACCGCUAAAUGUGGAGUACUGCUAAGUGUACAAGAAAGGGCUGGAUUUUGGUCAGGUGACCACCUUGCAAGAAACAGCAAUAAGAGGACAUGGCCGGCAGGGGUGUAAACGAAAACACUCCUCUUUUGGACAACUCCGUGACUUCACCCAGAUCAGAGUCAGUGUUCCAUGGCAGGAGACUGGCAUGUGCCGCCAUACUGCUGGCAGAGUCUUUAGAGCGGAUGGCCUUUUAUGGCAUCACCUCAAACCUGGUACUCUUCCUCAACAGUAGCCCCUUCUAUUGGGAGGGCACUUUGGCCAGCCAGGCUCCAUUGGUCUUCAUGGGGGUCACUUAUUUGAUAUCACCGUUUGGAGGCUGGCUGGCAGAUGCGUUCCUUGGGAAGUUCUUAACUAUAGCCUUAAGUUUAAUCCUCUACUUGUUUGGGAUGCUGCUUUUCCCACUUGUGGCCAGUGACAACACCAGGAACUAUCUGUGUGGGGAAGAGAUGGCGUUCCCAGUACAACCAGCAGAGUGUUUUCCUGAAAACGGGACUGUGCCCGCCAAUGUGACCUGCAGCAAUCGGCAGUCCUACUGUGGGCCGGCAAUCUACAGCGGCCUGGUGCUGGUAGCGGUUGGGGUGGGAGCUGUGAAAUCAAACAUUACCCCAUUUGGGGCGGAUCAGGUGAAAGAUCGAGGUCCAGAGGCAACACGGCGGUUCUUUAACUGGUUCUACUGGUGCAUUAAUCUGGGAGCGAUCUUCUCGCUGGGUGGAGUAGCCUACAUUCAGCAGAACAUUAGCUUCUCAAUCGGCUACAUCAUACCUACUGUCUGCCUUGCUGUGUCCCUUAUUGUCUUUGUUCUGGGCCGCAUGGUUUUCAUCACAAAGCCUGCGGACGGCAGUGCCUUCAGCGACAUGUUUCGGAUCCUGGGCUCGGCUCUCUGCGGACGUGGGCCAAAAGAACCCAGUCUGCUCAGACCAAAGCCAACUCUGCUGGACGGCGCCAAGGUGACAUACGGUGGCCGAUUUCCAGAAGAGAAAGUCGAGGAAGUGAAAUCUCUGGUUAAAAUACUUCCUGUUUUCCUGGCCCUCAUUCCAUACUGGACUGUGUAUUUCCAGAUGCAGACCACAUAUUAUCUCCAAAGUCUUCAUCUGAGAAUACCUGGAACUGAUCCAAACUCCACAGACUCCCAUCAGCACACCUUCCGUUUUCCUGCGGCAUGGCUGACCAUGUUUGACGCCGUGCUGAUCCUCAUGUUGAUCCCCCUCAAGGAUAAAGUGGUGGACCCCAUCCUCAAACGCAAAGGCCUGCUGCCCUCCCCUCUGAAGAGAAUUGCCGUGGGCAUGUUCUUUGUCAUGUGCUCGGCUGUGGCGGCUGGCAUUUUAGAGACGAAGAGGCUGGAUAUUGUCAACAAACAAGGACCUAUCGAGCAGACACUCGGUGGAGGUAUAUACUAUGCAGCUGAUCUGCCCAUAUGGUGGCAGGUGCCUCAAUACGUCCUCAUUGGGGUCAGCGAAAUUUUCGCUAGUAUUGCAGGUCUGGAGUUUGCCUACUCCGCAGCCCCGCGGUCCAUGCAGAGCGCUAUAAUGGGCCUGUUCUUCUUUUUCUCUGGCAUCGGCUCCUUUGUGGGAUCUGGACUUCUUGCUAUCGUCUCUCUGAAAGCCAUCGGCUGGAUGUCCUCACAUAAAGACUUCGGUAACAUCAAUGAGUGCACACUGAAUUACUACUUCUUCCUCCUGGCUGCCAUUCAGGGAGUCACGCUGCUCUUCUUUCUCAUUGUGUCUGUGAAGUAUGACAAACAGAAGCCCAGAGCAGGAAGCCACAGUGCCUCUCUGACCAACUCAUGACCCCAUCACAACACCAGCUCAUAGAAAACGGCCUUGUAAAUUGUACAAAGGCUGAAAUUGUAAAUUCUGUUACUAUUUACUUACUCUCAUGUUGUUCAAAUGUGGAACGCAAAAGGAGAUUUUGGGCAAAAUGUUAGCAUCAGUGACCACUCACUUAAAAUGUGCUGUAAGCAAAUUCUUUUUUUUUUUUUUUCAUGGAAAGGUAUGCAAAAACAUUUCCUACUCCCUUAAAGAUAUUAAUGAAAUAAGUGUCCUGAGAUAUCUCACCAGUCCCUGUGACAGCUGUAGACUUUGUAAACCGCAAACAAAAAUGUGUCUGCGGACAUUAACACUUUUCACCUGUCAAUAUUUUUGCUCGUUCUCACAGUGUUGUAGUUGCAGUGAAUUAUUUAGGCUUAUUGCCAUUUUUAAGCCAUGCUGUUCAUAACAGUUGUCUGUUGAGGGCGCUAUUUUGCUGCUGUUGUUUUAAACAACCGUUUCUGCACAAUGUCUGUCUAAAUAAAGCUCAUUUGAUAUCUUUGGAGUGUGGGGUUUUGGAAAGAGGGAGAGUGGCUAAUUCAACAGCUUGGUCUCGUGGAAGUAGAAUGUCUGAAAUCGCUUACAGCACCUUUAAUUCCAUCUUUUGUCGAUACAAUGAAAGUAAAUGGUGACUGAGGCUAGCAGAAUGCCUAAUAUCAUAUUUUGUGUACCACAAGUAAGUCAUACAAGUUUGAAACAACAUGACAGGGAGAAAAUUAUGACAGAAUUUUCAUUUUUGGGCAAACUUUACCUUUAAGACUCGUAGAAUUGUAAUAAUGAGGUAGGAUUUUAAACAUUUGACUCGGAUGUUGAACCACCCUUGUUUACAUGUAGUAUCCAUAUCUAGCAAUUUUAAAUACUCAAGACAAUUUGGGAGAAAUUAGAAAAACAAAACUCAAGUGACGGUUAACUAAAAAUGUUUUUGUAUAAAAUGUUUUAUUUAAAUUGAUGGUGGAAAAUUACAGCAGGUUGGUUCACUCCAUUGGCAAUGACACUUUCACGAUUUGGAGAUUUUGGUUUUAUGAGUAUAUUUGUACUUUUUGUUUGGAGUAUUUUCACAUUUUUAAAUUCACUGACCUCUCUGUUGAAAGUGGUCUUGCAAUUAUUUGCAGGGGUUGUAAAACUGAAUAUUUUAUUGUUUUCGAACGGAUGGGUUUGAAUAUUUAUUGAAUCUAUUAUUUCUCAUUGUGAUUUGCACAUAGCAGGAAAGGCUGUACUGCUGUACUUACACGUCUAGUCAAAUUGGAUUUAAAUUUGUCUUUUGGGCAUGUGUUGUGGUACUUUUUAACAGUUUUAAUUAAACAAUUUUUUAACGAUGGAUCAUUUUUCUUUUUGCUCUCCACAUAUGCCAUUCAGGCACCAUUUGCACUGUAUGAUGAAUCUCAGGUCAGUCAGUUUCUCCAUUAAUACUACUUGGCUGGGUUUAAAUGAUGUCUAAGACAGCAAGUAUGAUUGACUAUUUGAAAUGGUGCCUUAACACAAGGAACACGUACAGUAUUGUCAAAAUAAUCAGUGUGGUAGUUAAUUAAAACUACAAUGCCAAUGUUUUUUGUAUUAUUAUUAUUUUUUUUUACAGUUUGAUUAAAUGAGUAACUUUGGUACUAAACAUAAGGCAUUAUUAGAGUCUGUCUCUGUUGUAGAUAUUUUAUUAGGCAUUACUUUUCCUUUAGCUUGUUUUUGAUACAUUUGCAUCAUACGUUGUAAUGCCAAGCACUUCAGCACUCUUUAAAAUGGUUAUGCCCAACAAACAAACAUCAUCAGAUAAAUAAUGUCCUCAAGGAGAAUUUGCAUAAGACGUUCUGAUGUCAUAAUGCACAUCUAAAAUAUGAAUAUGUUUUGUGCAAAUGGAAAUAGUGUUUCCUUUUGUUAAACACCUGCAUUUUGUUUGUAAUGAUUCAUGACAUUUAUAAAACUGUGCAGUGCUUUUUAAUAAACUACAAACCUUGUCGUCUGCAUGAGGAUAUUAAUUAAAUCACAUUUGCACUAAUCUCUUGUAAAAAUACAUUUAUAAUUACUUGAAAUCAUUCAUUUUACAUGCAGGCUCAUUAAGUAUCUAUUCAAAUUCAUAAAAAUGUAUACCUCAGCUUCAUAAUGGUAUCAUGGUGUGGCUUUGUGCUUGAUGUAAUUUUGAUGCAAAUUUUGCAGUGACUAAACCCUUUUAAUUGCUGUUUUUGUUUCUGGUAACUAAUUAAGUUUGCGGUCUUCGCUGGGGCAGCAGACAUAAAAUAGUAUCAACACUCCCAUUAUGUUUCUGUGUUUAUUUUAACACACAGGUAGUUCCUGGGGUUCGAGGUACACUUUAUCAGCAGUUAUGGGGGCAGUGAUGGCUCAGCGGUUAAGGCUCUGGGUUACUGAUCAGAAGGUUGGUGGUUCAAGCCCCAGCACCACCAAGAUGCCACUGUCAGGCCCUUGAGCAAGGCCCUUGACCCUGUCUGCUCCAGGGGUGCCAUAUCAUGGCUGACCCUGCACUCUGACCCCAGCUUAGCUGGGAUAUGUGAAAAAAAAAAAAUAAUUUCACUGUAUAUGUGCAAAUGUAUAAUGUGUGAUAAAUAAAAUGAUAAUUAAAAUUAUAAUACAAAUUGUGCCUUCAAUACCAAAAAUUGCUCCACAGUACUGAUGACUCUCAUCUUUAUCCAUUUACAUUUAGUAUUUCAAAAUGAGAAUUAGCAACCUGUAAUGAUAUAUUUCCCAGUGAAACUGUUUUAAGGAACAGUCAUUAGAGACUGAUUCUAUUAUCAAUUUGGUGAAAUAUUAAGAAUUUAAUGAACGGUAGGAUGAAAGGCCAUCAUUAAUUAUGAACUGGGCAUGUUAAAAUGCUGUCUUCAAAAUCUUUAGUACAUUUUAUUUUUAUUGAGCUAAACCAUUUGCCUCAAAUGGUUUGUCGUUAUAAACUUCAAUAUUCCCAAACAAUAUUUGAGUGUGUGCUGUGAAAUAUAUAUAUAUAUAAAUAUAUUUUUUUUUCUUUAAUGUAGCUCAUGCUUCAAAUAAAAUUGGUUUUAAUUUUUUUUUCUCCAAUAAAAUUUUAUUUGACCUCUGAUGUUUGUAUACGUGUCCUCAUAUUGUAACGCUCACAAUUUCUGAGCUCACACGCAAACCCUUUAAUGUCUCACAUUCAGUUCCAUUUCUGUCUGAUUUCAUCAGAUGAGCAUGAAAUCAGAACAUCAUCUCUCUACAUCCAAGCAUAUCUAGAAUGAGACACAAACGUGUAAUUUCCUGCUAAGAGUGUGACUGCCAGCAAACUGUUUGAACUCUCUCUCUUCCCUCACUCUGAGUCAGACUGUUUACACAGCUCACAUAUCCCUACCAUUUACAUGUUUUUGCAUUGUUGUGCUCUUUUGACAGUGUCUAGGAACACAUACCCAAUAAAGUCAAUAAAGCAGGUCAGGAUUUAGCUAACAUGAGCCUUAUCCUGAAUAAUAUAAAUAUCUCUUUAUACUAUGAUCAUGGUUGCAAGCCUCGCUGAACUCCUGAACUGGCUCUAAAUGCAUAGAGCUCUUACUGUUAAUAGCUAAUUCACAGGACUCGCAGCAAAGAAAAUUAGUUGGAAAGUGAAUAUAAUGAACAUAUUGAACGUAAUAAAAAAAAUACAAAAAUAAAAUCAAACUAAUGACCAAUUUGCAAUGUGAAAAGAAAAUCAAGUUGUUAUUAUGUGUGAACUCUGCUAAAUGGUUUCUUCAAUGUGUUUCAUUAUCAGUCAUUAGUCUUUUUUACAAGUGUCUCUGCCCAUAGUUUUUUAUUGUAUAUAUAUAUAUAUAUAUAUAUAUCCAUACUGUGAAAAAGUCUAAGGCACACAUUAGAUUAUUAGAUGUUUCAUAAAAACAUUUGUCUGAAGAUAGUUAUUUUAUGUCUUCUGCUUUAGUGUGUCAGUAUAGGAAAUAUCAAUUUUAGAUUUCCAAACAUUUCUUUUACAAAUAAAAUGAGUCAUGCAACAGAUGGAAUGGCCCUCACAUAACCCUGAUCUCAACAUGGGAAUUGGUGCUUUUUAAAGGCAAAUGUGAUCACACCAAUUAUAUUGAUUUUGUUCAUAUAUUCUGUUCUUUAUAUGUAGUUAAUUGAUAAACUAUUUAUGGCAUUGUUUUUAAAAACAUCCUCACUUUACAGCAUUUUUCCACAAGUGCCUAAAAUUUUUGUGUUGUACUGCAUACGCAUCAAUCAAAGUUUGAACAGAUUUUCUUUUAUUAUUACUACUUUUAAGCAUUUUAGUAUAAUAGUCAUCAAAACUAGGAAAUCACACAAAUUGAAGUGACCAAAAAUGUUAAAUCAAAACUUGAAAUCUUGAAGUGGAUACCAGUGAUGCUUUACUAACUUUAUUACAGGAGUUCCCAUGUAUUAGACCUUAUGUAACUCUUAAUUCCUAAAGUACACCAUUCAUUUUCAUAUACAAUAAGCGCAAUUUAAUUUAAAUAAAUUCAAUUUAAUUCAAUUCAAUAAAAACCUUCAUUUCAGUAAAUUGAAAGAUUGUCAAAACAUCAAAAUCUGUUAUGUAUGGGGAGUUUCUGGUGACAUCUGCUGAAAUAAAAAUAGCAAUUACAUGAAAUUACACCGAUGGCCAGUUGAUAUCUAUAAGCCAAUGUUGUAACAAACUUAAUUUCUAGAUAUUAUCACAAGUUAUGCAUUGGAUAUGCAUUUAGACAUAUGCAAAAAAUAUUUUUAAAAAUUUGUCAAAUUGUAGCAUAUUUUAAAGCACUUGUGUUUACACUCAAACCUGACCAUGCUGCCACAGUCAAAUCUGAUUGUUGAUUAUGUUGAUCUUCAAAUGAAUGUGCACAUGUUUGUGUGAUGUUGGGUUUAAAGUAGGGAGUAGAGUUGGGAAACAGAAAAUAUCAGUAGCCUAAUAUGAAAUAUGGAAGUCUAUGUGAUGUCCUCACUAAUAUAUUCAAACAAACCUGUGCGUGUGUGUGUUUUCUGCAUUGUGGAUGUUUUAUAGUCUUCAUCAUCAUCAUCAUCAAAGACAGCAAUACAUAAUUAUUCUAUACUGAUGCUUCACUGCCAUACAACCAUGGUAUAUAUUCAUUUAUGUGUGAUUGUAUUCUGCAUUGUGUCUGAUUUAUUGAUUUUUUUUUUAACAAAUAAAACAAAUGCUC